AUCAUAAACUAUGAAGCCAUGCUAGUGUGUGGGGCUGACGUAUAUAAAAGGUGACCACGGUGUUCUCACCUCUAGACAACAUUAGGAGGAUCAAAGAUGUGGAUGCUCCUCUUUUCAAGUGCCUUGUUGGGGGCGUUGGGGGCACAGGAGACGGCUUCCAGAGAAACUCAGCAGCUUCAGGCUCUCCACUGCCCGCCAUGCGAGCGCAUACACUGCUCGUCCCGGCGGGCGCUGAAGCUCCAGUGUAAAGGUGGUGUGACGACAGGCGUGUGCGGCUGCUGCCCCGUGUGUGCCAGAGCAGAGGGGGAGGCCUGCGGAGGAACGUGGGACUACCUGGGCAAGUGUGACGAGGGGCUGGUGUGUUUUUACCAGGACUCAGCGGCUGACAAAGCAGACACGGAGCGCAAAGGGAUCUGCAAAGCAGUGAUUGAAUCCUUGAAUCCUGAGGUUUGUCACCCAGAGUGCACAAAGGAAUACUGCCAAGCCAACCCCUCUGAAAUAUGCUCUGCCAGGUUUGUGUCUCUGGAGAAUAAAGACUGCCAGGGCUCCUGCCAACACACCUCGUGUUCGAGCUGUCUGCUGCUGAAAGCCCCGCCAUGCCCCCAGACCUGCAGCCCCUCCGAUUCCUCCUGCCUACGUCACUUUGGAAGGUGUGUGCACCAACACCUGACGGCAAAUCAUAGUCCUGUAUGCCACAGCAACCUGCAGAGUCAUUCUGCGGGACAUUUUUGGUGUUUUGUUCCUGCCUGUUCAAACUCUCAGCAGUAACUCUCCGCGCAUAAGGAGGACACUCAGAGGAAACUCGCUCAUGUAGCACGAUGUAAAAAUGGCAGCUAUCUGUAAACUUUGUCUUCUUGAUCCAACGAUCACAUUAUGAACGCAGUGUACAUCUGAAUAAAAACCUGUAAAAUGUUAUGUAUCUUUAACAAAGAGAAAUAAAAGUUAAGGUCAUUCUGAA